CACGCGGGAGUACGGAUUCGUGUAGUUUCCUUUGGUAGUAUUCUGUAAAUUCUUUUCUUUUCUCUAUGGUUUGACCAUUUAAGAAGUGUUCCUUUCCUUCCUGGAUGAUCAGAGGAAGGGGAGAAGCCAAAAAUUUUGAGGUUGCUCUGAAAUAAGUAAAAGCAACAUGAACUCUGAUCUAAAAGUGGCUCCUAAUGAUAAGAAAGACACAAGGUUCCGUGAUAAUCGUAAGGGAUCCCCUGAGCGAUGGGGCAAGCCAGGGAGACGUGAAAAUACCCCACCUAAGGAGACCAACAGAAGUGACCCUCACUCUAUUAGGUGUCGUGUUUUCAUCGGUAACCUUCAGAUGAGCCGCAAGGAGCUUGAAGAUAUUUUUGCUCAGUAUGGCAAAGUAGUGGGCUGCUCUGUUCAUAAUAACUAUGGUUUUGUACAAUUUGAAGAUGAAAAGUCAGCUGAUGCUGCAGUUGCAAAAGAAAAUGGCCAAGUUUAUUAUGGCAAAAGAGUAGAUGUCAACUUAGCUGGUGAUAGAAGAAAGGAAAAGAUGGAAGACAGACCACGCGACAGAGACUCAAGACCACCCUUCCCUUUCAACAGGAGAGAAAGAGAAUUUGACCGUGAAGGAAACAGACAAUUUAGAAAAUCUCCUCCACGUGACAGACCAAGAUUUGAAGAUUAUGAUCGCUUCCCAUCACGGUUUGAACCACCUCCUUUUGAUCGGCGAGGGAGGUCUCCAUCUCCACCUCCACCUCGGAGAAUGGAUGACCGCCCUUAUGGUGGUGGUAGAAAUGAUGAUUUCUACAUGCGAGACAGAUACAGGAAUGAACCCCCUCCCAGGGAGCCAUAUCCACGACAUGGGUUUGAUCACAGAGGUGAUCCAUAUGACAGAGAUCGGAGGGAUCCAUAUGAUUCUCCUAGGGGCCCAUACCCAGACAGAAGGGAUGAUCGAUUUGAUCGGUAUGACUCCUAUGGAAGGGAUGGUCGUGACAGCCGAGAAUACCCACGACCUGGAGAUUAUCCAGGUCCAGCUAAGAGGCCAAGAAUGGAUUACGAUGGUCCUGAUGAUAUUUACAGCAGUAGCAAAACUAUAGAGGCUCCAACUGACUGUGUUAUAGUAGUCAUGAACAAACAACAAAGAGGCUAUGCAGAACUGGUUCAAAGAAGACUGAAGUCUGUUGGACUGGUGGUAGAUCUGCACUUUCAUGGAACUCAACCAAUUGUAGAACUCUUGGAUGAUGUUGCACGGCGUGGCGUGUUGUAUGCAAUAGUGAUAACCAGCCAACACGAGGUGCAUCGCUCUGUGACUGUCAACAUUCUGCAUGGAUCACCCCAAGGUAAAGAUGAAACACCCCUUGCAGGGAAAACAACACAUGCUGAGCAUAGAAACAUGCCUCUUGAUGAUGCUAUGAGACUCGUUGGUCAAAAUUUUGAUCAGUACAUGCAAGAUCUACGUGAAAGAGCGAAAGCUAGCAGUGUUCAGGGAAGUAGCAAAGAUGUCGGUGAGACAGUUUCCAAAGAAGAAAAAUCAUCCGAGAUAUCAUCCCUUUUGAGUAAAGCUGCAGCUGGUGGGAACCUUUCUUCAGACCAGUUAGCAAAGCUGAUUGAUGAUUUGUCGAAACGCCAGCAAGAAGUUGUAGGAAGCACCUCAACAGCCAAUGGCAAGGGAGGAUUAGCGACAACUCAACCAAGUCAGCCCGCCGUGGAUCCUCAGUCAAUUGCCAAGCAACAAGCCGACCUUCAAGCUAAAAUACUAAGUAUUUUAAACCCUGGAGGAGUCGCCAAGUCUGGUGGUACCUCGAGUAGUUCUCUGACUCAGCAGGCAGCCAUGCCAAGUGUUGUCCCUUCACCAAAUGUUGCUACUGCAGCGAAAUCGGCAGCACUUAGCACUACUGCAAAACCAAUCUUUCCUCUGUAUCUUGCCCAACAAAAACUUGUCACGCCAAUACCAGGUAGUGGAGGAUACUUAUCGUCUUCAGCAGCACCUGGCCCAGGGGCUUUAACAGGUGCGACAGGAUCAAAGACACUGUCUUCUACUCCAUCAAAUCAAAUCGGAAAAUCUCCCCAAAGUGCAGUACAAUAUGGUGUUACAUCUGCAUCGAGUUCAUAUUCUGCUGCUUCUGUCAGAACAACUCCAUCCGCAGCAUAUCAGUACACCAAACCUGCAGCUCAAGGAGUCCAAAGCACCUACGCUACUGGUGCUAACCGAGCUGCGACAGCUUCAUCAAGCUCUUCUUAUGGCUCUCCGGCAACCCAGCGAUCUCAGACGUACUCGGCUGUUACCCAGGCUCAAAAAUCAACUGCCUCUUCUGCCACCCAGUCUCCAAUUUCUGCUGUUUCAAAAGCUGGUCUUGCCGGACAAGCAAUAGGGACAAUUGGCGUGCAAAGACCGAAUGCAGUUGGCCGUGGAUCACCUGGUAGUUUGAGUGGUUCAAGGCCUGGUACAGGCGCCCCUGGAGUCCAGAUGAGAACCCCAUAUCCAAUGGCAUCUAAAGGUAGAGCUGGUUUACUAGGAGCUUCCCCGACAGCUGGAGUUAGAGGACCCACACAAACUGGUGCUGCCAGAGCCCCUGCACCUUCAGGUUCUCCAGGUGUACGCAUGGGAACUCCUAGAGGUCCCUCACCAGUGGGUAGAGGUACUGUGAGGACGCCAUCCCCAGCAGGCAUGCAGGGACAGGCUCGUGGUAGAGCUAUAGCAGUCCGGGGUGGAGCUAUCUCUGUUCGUGGUGGGGCAGUUGGUGGAAAAGCUGGAACUGGUGCCGCUAGCACGACAGGCGUUGCUGUCUCUCAAACAGCUUCCCCUAAUAGGGGUGCCCUUGUUCAGCGAGGUGCUCCAAUCGCACGGGGCAUUCCUACCAGAGGAGGAGGAACUGGUCCAACACGAGGUUCUCCAGCGAACCGAGGCGCUGCUCGCGGUGGCUUAGCACCUCGAGGGGCCCCUACCUCUCGAGGUGGUCUAAUUUCCCGAGGGGGCCCCCAAAUGCGUGGUGCUCCAAGCGCCCGUGGUGGUCCUUCACAACAGGGUACCCCAAUUCGUUCGUUAGGUCCUGGUGGAAGAAUUGCUGGACAAGGCCCUAUAAAUCGUGGUGCGCCUCGGGGAAGGCCCAUGAUGCGUGGCGGUCCUGGUUUCAGAGGAGGUCGUGGAAAUUCCGGUGGAUACUAAUAGGGCAACAUGAUGUGGAGUUUGCGGACCUUUUAAUACAGAAUUGAACAGUAUCAUAAAUCUACCAUGUUAGUGUAUGUGCAAAGUGCAUGCUUUCUUAUUUGCUUUUGUUGUUUUAGUUGUCGUGUAUCGCAACAAAAAGUGAGAGACUCCUCUUACUCCGCCACUUUCGAAAGAGAAAGGUUUUUAUGUAAAUUUUAUCAGUCACCGUCUGGAGUCUUGUUUCUUUUUUACCUAUGCCACUCUAUUGCUGGCUAGUUGUAGUUGUAUUUCUCUCGCGAAGAUCAUUCUGCAACAUGCUUUUAUUAAAGAAGUCGUAAAGUUU